GAGGGCGGUCCGGCGGCGUGGUGAGGGUGUCGCGCGUGUGUCUCCCGGGAGAGUCCCAGAACCCGCGACCAUGGCCUCUCUGCUCGCCAAGGACGCUUACCUGCAGGGCCUGGCCAGGAAAAUCUGCUCCCAGCCCAGCCCGGAGCCGCAGAAACGCAAGUCCGCCAGCAAAACUCGAGGCUCAGAAGCUUCUGGGCCCCCAAAAAAGAAGAGGAAGAAAGCGCAGAAGAAAUCCUGGGAGAGGGAGGAGAAGGCUGUGGCGCCAAAAGCCCAACCCCUAGGGGAGAAGUCUCCAGCAGCUUCCAAGGCCAGAAACCCAGCAGCAGCCACGGAGGAAGAGGCCUUCACCUCCACAGGAUCUCCUGCAGACGUCGAGGUCACAGAGUCUGAUUCUUUGUUUGCCCUGGAUGUUCUGCGGCAGCGGCUACGUGAGAAAAUCCAGGAGGCCCGGGGCCAGGGCAGCACCUCGGAGCCGUCUCCCGCGGCUCUGGAGAAAAGACGCCGGAGGAAGCAGGAGCGGGACCGCAAGAAGAGGAAGCGGAAGGAACUGAGGGCGAAGGAGAAGGUGGCAAAGGCCACGGAGGCUGUCGAGCCGCCCCGCGAGCCACCCCGCGAGCCACCCCGAGAGGAGGCACAGCUGGGGCUGCUCUUCAAUAAGGUGGAGGUGAGUGCGGGGGAGCCGGCCGGCAAGGCCCAGCGCCGGAAGGAGAAGAGGCGGAAGCUGAAGGGGAACCUGACGCCGCUGACGGGGAAGAACUACCGGCAGCUGCUGGAGCGCCUGCGGGCGCGGCACGGUCGGCUGGCCGAGCUGCGGGGCCAGGACGAGGGGAAGGCGCGGGAGCUGGAGACCAAGAUGCAGUGGACCAACCUGCUGUACAAGGCCGAGGGCGUGCGGAUCCGGGACGACGAGCGCCUGCUGCAGGAGGCCCUGAAGCGCAAGGAGAAGCGGCAGGCGCAGCGGAAGCGCAGGUGGGAGAAACGCACGGCCCACGUGGUCGAGAAAAUGCAGCAGCGGCAGGACGAGCGGCGACAGAAUCUGCGCAAGAAGAAGGCGGCCCGGGCCGAGCGGCGUCUGGACAGGGCUCGCAGGAAGGGCCGCAUCCUGCCCCAGGACCUGGAGCGGGCUGGCCUGGUGUGAGGACCCAGGCCGCGUCCCUGACCGGCGGCUGGGCUGCCGCGGCGGGUGACGCCGGGCGGGGCUCGGUCGGCGCUGUCUGGGCCCCUGGGCACGCGGGCUCCGUGGGCUCAGCUCGCGUGUGGAAGGAACGGUGUCCAGAAUGGAGGCCCACGGUCUUUUGGAUCCCUGUAAGGAGUGACCGGGUCCGGGUUCCCGCCUUCUCUUGGGAGGCCAGACAGCUCCCUGGAAGUUUGCAGGGUGGGGGUGCAGGGGGGCACCUCCCUGGCCCCUUCUUCUCCUCCCAGUUUACAGGGGCAGGGCGGGAAUGGCCUUUGGGACUGCCCGUGUCCUUGCUGAGCUCGCCUGGAAGGGAGGGAUCUCUGUAGACCGAGCCAGAGGUGGAGUCUCCGGUGAGGGCGAGGGUGAGCUGACCUGGGUGUGGCCAGAAGGGAGUUAUCUGGGGUUUAUUUGUAGGAGGAACAAAAGGUAGCACUUAGGUGAACACACGUUCAAAGUCUCAAGGUGCCUGCUAGAUCUGCACGGUGUGUAUUAGGCUGGAAAGAAAGGGGGAGACAGAGGAAAAACCGAAGCUCAGACUCAGCGAGGGAAACGAAAGAUGCCCAGUACGGCAGCGGGACUCCACGCAGACCUGCAGGGGGGCAGGAGGGGCGCAGACGUGCAAAACCCCGGGGCGGGGGGUGGGGGGGCUCAUGGCACAUAGAUUCUGUUUGGGUAAAGCUGUUAAUAGAAUCAUUUUGACUCGGGUUCACUUAAGAAGCAGACUGCCGAAGGCCACCUGGGUAACUAAUGACUGAGCUAAGCGUCCAACUCCUGAUUUCGGCUCAGGUUGUGUCUCCUGGUUCAUGAGUUCUAGCCCCAAGGGAGGCUCCACGCUGGCAGUGUGGAGCCUUCUUUGGAUUCUGUCUCUCUUUUCCUCCCCUGCUCGUGCUGUCUGUGUCUGUCUGUCUGUCUCUCUCUCUCACAAUAAACUUAAAACAUACCCAGUGGACUGUAAUGGAAAGGCUGGUGUGGACAAAGCUGACUUGAGAACGAACGGCACCGUGAGGAGGAAAGAACAGCCCCCCCCCCCCCCCCGCCCCGUCCCCCCGAUGGAGGGGUUCCGUGCUCCCAGCAGGCAGAGCGGCUCUGACGACCCCGGGACUGGAGCCUUGAGUCUGCCCAGAGCGGGAGAUUUCUGAUUCUUUUCCUAGGCCUGGAAACAUUAGGCAGAACUCUGGUGGAUGUAGAAGGUCUGGAGGAGAGUCCCGAGCUCGAUCUAGCAACACAGAACGGCGUGUCCGGAAACACACGCUUUGCGCGUCUCUGAAGCAGCAAUGAGAACUGAGUGUCUGGUCUAUAAAGGGCGUUUUCGUUUCAAGGAGUCAGACCAGGUGUGGUGUCCGGCCACGGCAGGGUUUCGUCGUCAAAGUCAAGAGGUGGUCUGAGUUUCACGUUUGGAAUUUUAAAAACACUCUCGAGUCUACCUGUGGGUGGUUGUGGGAGGUGGAGCCUGACUCCCAGGUGUCUGUGCUGAGAGCGUGUCCUGCGGCAGGUGGCAGCAGGAGCAACUCCUCCAGGGACAAUAAUGGGCAGUGGGAUGUGGCCAAGGGAAACUCCCAGGACGAGUCUGGGAGGCCCAAUAGACCCCUGUUGGGUGUCGUCGCCUCCAGUGUGGGAAGACAGUGCAGCAUGGUGGAAGAAAUCUUCAAGGGCCUAACGUCAGAGCGUUUCCAGAGCCAGAUGGCGGAAGUUCCCCCUCCCGGGGUGGAGGGGAUUGGAUGAAGGUGCCCCAAGCAGAACACCUGCCCGGAACAGUGGUUCCAACUGUCCCGAAGGCCAUGGCGGUGGGAAAAGGAAUAAAGGGAGAAAGCUCACUGAAAUGAAGUCGGGAGGCCGGAGAGAGGAGCACUCGUGCACUGUGCUGCCUUGCGUCCAUCGUGGGAGGAAGUGUCACCGACCCAGCAGAAGCGUCCUCGACAGGAAAGGGUCGUGGUCACAGGCUCAACAGGGAAGGACGCUGCACCUCCUGUGAGAUACCCAGCGACCCGGCCAGUGGGGAAUGGCCCUCGCCCUGCGCUGUGAGUCUCUGGGUCAGGACAGCCCUUCCCAGCAUCCUCCUCGUAAAAUAAUCCCCCCUUUGUUGGAUUUGCCUGUGGUUUUGCCCUAAUUUGCGUGUCCCGGGUUGCAGUUCUCUAUUCCUAAAUAAACACGUUUUGCUGGUAA